AUGCCAACAUCUCAAUCAACAUUGGAAUCAGUUGAAGAGAAAAAACCUGGUGAUAGUAUGCCUUCAUCGGUUAAUGAAAUGAUUCAGAUAGAUCAAUGGUUAUCUAUUUUAUAUAAUACAUAUGAAAAUUUGGAAUAUCCAUCAUCACUCCGUGUGUUUCAAGCAACUACAUAUUUUAAUGAUGAACAACAAUUAUGGUAUGAACAGACAAAUGCUGAAAUUAAUAAUGAUUGA